AGAUGUUCAAGCGCUACGUGCCCAAUAGUGUGGUCAGAGAUAUCGUUCGCGGGGACGAGCGUGCAAUGAGGCUUCAUGUCUCCCAGCGCGAGGUGACCAUUAUGUUCUCAGACAUCGCGAAUUUUACACCCAUUGCCGAGUCCCUCAAGCAGGUUGAUCUGUUAUUCCUGCUCACGAGAUAUUUCUCCAUCAUGACCAGGAUCGUGGAGACCUACGAGGGCCUGGUGGCGGAGAUCCUGGGCGACGGGCUGGUCGUCUUCUGGAACACGCCCGACGACGUGUCGGACCACGCGGCAAAGG